GUGUAUUCAAAAUUUCUCUCCCCUAUAAAUAAGCGUCCCCUCCAAAGUCCAAAAAUCCAAUGCAUUCAUAAACAAUAAAUUGCGAACAUCAUCUUUUCGCAUUUCGCACCAAGCAUUCCUUUAAUGUGACUUCCCCUUCAGCUAGGUUCAGGUUUCUUGUUUCCAAAAAAAACUAAUAAUUAACCACCAUAAAAUUUCAGAGAUAAAAAAUGCCGGUGAACAUAACCUCUAUCAAAACAUCCUCCAAUGGAGUUUGGCAAGGAGAUAAUCCCCUCGAUUACGCUUUCCCUCUCCUCAUCGUUCAAAUCACUGUAGUCCUCUUUGUUAGCCGCUCCCUCGCUCUCCUCUUCAAACCUCUCCGCCAACCCAAAGUCAUUGCUGAGAUUGUCGGUGGAAUUCUGUUAGGUCCAUCAGCACUUGGAAGGAACAAAAGCUAUUUGCACCGCAUAUUUCCGUCAUGGAGUACACCAACGCUAGAAUCCGUUGCAAGCAUUGGUCUUCUCUUCUUCCUCUUCCUCGUUGGUCUCGAAUUAGAUCUCAAUUCCAUUCGCCGUAGCGGUAAAAGAGCAUUCAGCAUAGCAGCUUGCGGAAUCUCCCUUCCAUUCGUCUCCGGCAUCGGCGUUGCAAUCGUCCUCCGCAAAACCGUCGAUGGAGCCGAUAAAGUCGGAUUCGCUCAAUUUCUCGUUUUCAUGGGAGUCGCGCUUUCAAUAACCGCAUUUCCAGUUCUGGCAAGAAUCCUCGCUGAACUCAAACUCCUAACAACGCGCGUGGGCGAAACAGCGAUGGCAGCAGCAGCAUUCAACGACGUAGCCGCGUGGAUUCUACUCGCUUUAGCAAUCGCAUUAGCUGGAAAUGGCGCUGACGGUGGUGACAGUAAAAGCCCUCUGGUUUCCGUUUGGGUUCUUCUAUCAGGAGCCGGCUUCGUUGUUUUCAUGAUGGUUGUUAUAAGUCCGGUAAUGAAGCGCGUGGCUCAAAGAUGCUCAGCGGAAAAUGAAGCCGUUAACGAAGUUUAUAUAUGUUUGACUCUAGCGUGUGUAAUGGUUUCAGGAUUCGUAACGGACUUCAUAGGGAUUCACUCAAUAUUCGGGGCAUUUGUUUUUGGGUUGACUAUUCCGAAGAGUGGGAAUUUUGCGGAGAGGUUGAUAGAGAGAAUAGAGGAUUUUGUUUUGGGUUUGUUACUUCCACUUUACUUUGCUUCGAGUGGGUUGAAAACUAAUGUGACUAAAAUUAGUGGCGGAAGAGGAUCCACAGCUUGUGCUGGGAAGAUUCUUGGGACUUUCGUGGUUGCGAUUAUGUGCAUGAUUCCCGUUAGAGAGUCUCUUACACUUGGCGUACUUAUGAACACCAAAGGACUCGUCGAACUCAUCGUACUCAAUAUUGGAAAAGAGAAAAAGGUUUUGAAUGACGAAAUAUUUGCAAUCUUGGUACUCAUGGCUCUGUUCACAACCUUCAUAACAACCCCACUUGUAAUGGCAAUCUAUAAACCAGCUCGUGGCAUCGCGGCAAAAACUAUCCGCAAGCUAGGUGAUAUGUCAACACAUUCUAAAGAUAAAAACGUUGUGGAUCAGCUUCGUGUCCUAGCUUGUAUCCACGGUCCAAGCAACAUUCCCUCAAUCAUCAACCUCAUUGAAUCAACUCGUAGCACAAAAACUUCCCUCCUCAAAGUCUUUAUCAUGCACCUUGUUGAGCUCACCGAACGUUCAUCUUCAAUCAUAAUGGUUCAACGCGCUUGCAAAAACGGUUUUCCUUUCUUCAACCGGUUCAACCGUGACCAAUGGUAUAACCGUCUUGCUGGGGCUUUUCAGGGCUAUAGUCAAUUGGGCCGAGUCAUAGUCCAGUCCACUACGGCAAUAUCUUCUCUAUCCACAAUGCACGAGGAUAUAUGCCACGUGGCGGAGGAAAAGAGAGUGACAAUGAUCAUUUUGCCCUUCCACAAACAUUGGAGAAUGGAAGUUGAUGAUGAAAAUGAAAAUGAGGGGCAUGAGGUGUUGGAAAAUGCUGGGCAUGAGUGGAGAGCUGUGAACCAAAGGGUGCUUAAGAAUGCUCCUUGUUCUGUUGGCGUGCUUGUUGAUAGAGGAUAUGGGUUUGGGUCGAAGAAUUUGGGCCAAGAUGGAACUGUGGGCCAACGGAUAUGUAUUGUAUUUUUUAGUGGGCCUGAUGAUCGUGAGGCUUUAGAGUUGGGGAAGCAAAUGGCUGAGCAUCCGGCAGUUGCAGUGACAGUUGUGAGGUUUGUUGAGCAAGAUGGUGGGUUGACUGCUAAUAACUUUGUUUUACGUCAAUCGCCUAACAAAAGCACAGAGGAAAAUUAUAGUUUCUCCAUCGCAAAAAUAAACCGACAAAAAGAACAGGAGUUGGAUGAAAAGGCAAUGGAGAAACUUCGAAGCAAGUGUGGUGAAACAGUGAAAUAUAUUGAAAAGGGUAGUGGCAACGUUGUGGAGGAGGUAAUAGCUAUAGGAGAAAGCGGGGACUACGAUCUCAUAAUUGUUGGAAAGGGUCGGUUUCCUUCGACUAUGGUGGCAGAGCUAGCAGACAGGGAAGCAGAACAUGCAGAGUUAGGUCCCAUAGGAGACAUUCUAACAUCCUCAAUAGGACACAAAAUGGUGUCAUCAGUGCUUGUUAUUCAACAACAUGACGUGGCAUUGACAGAGGAUUCACCAAUGUACAAGGUUAAGGUGCAUGAUGAAAACAUUGCUGAAGUAUCAUCUAACAGGCACGAGAUCACCAUAGCAAACGAUAAUGCAGUUUAGUUACCUAUUUUUAAUCAUUUUGUUACACAGGAGACUAGACAUCCCUAAAGCAAUACUACCACUAUAUCAUGCAAAAGAGAGAAACUUCAAAACAAAAACAGUUCCUUUCUCUAUAAUGAAGUUGUGUUUAUCAAGUAAAUAUGUAAUUAUCCUUUAAUUUUGGUGGGCUGAUAAUACCACUGGGAGCAUCUUGAAUGAAAUAAAAAUAAAUAUUUUUCUUUACGUUGA